AUGUCGACCAUCGAGACUGCGUCGUCGCCCGUCGGCGCUUCGACGUCGUACCUGUCGGCCCGUACUGUUCUGGUCCUCGUCGGUCUCUGGCUGGCGUACCAUUUCUUCAGGGCCCUUUACAACAUCUCGCCGCUGCACCCAUUGAGCCACAUUCCCGGGCCCAAGCUGUCUGCAGCCACAUACAUCCCAGAGUUCUAUUACGAUGUCAUCUUAUUCGGACGCUACACUAGAGAGAUCCAUCGUAUGCACGAGCAGUACGGUCCGAUCGUUCGUAUCAACCCUCACGAAGUUCACUGCAAUGAUGUCAACUUUGCCGAUGAAAUUUACGCUGUCAGCGGUCGCAAGCGUGACAAGCCUGUCCACCAGAUCAACGGCUCUGCUCUGGGUGAGGCUGGCUUCGGCACCGUGGACCAUGACCUUCACCGUGUUCGCCGCAUUCCUCUGGCCAAGUUCUUUUCUCGCGGCAUGAUUUCGCGCCUCGAGAGCGACGUCCACGCCUUGGUUCAGAAGCUUUGCGACAAGUUGCUGGCCGAGAGAGAGAGGAAGGAGCCUUUUGACGUAACCAUGGCAUAUAGCUGCUUCACCUCUGAUGCCAUCUCUGACUACCUCUUUGGCGAGAGUUUUGGAUUCCUUACCCAGGAGGACUGGUAUCCCAACUUCCGGGCACCCACUGCCUCCAUCCUCAGACCUGUCUUCGUCCUCCGUUUCUUCCCCUGGACCAAGCAUCUUACCGUACUUGGAGAGUGGCUUGUGGACUACUUGCCCGCCGACGUCGCUCUGCUUAUUCGCACACUGAAGAUCAGAAUCCCAGACAAGGUCAACCGCACCAAGGCCGACCUUGAUGCCGGUAUCCGUCACGAACGCCCCACUGUCUUUGGCUCCCUCCUUGAGUCCGAUCUUGCGUUGGUUGAAAAUGGCUCACUGCAUCUGGCCGACGAGGCCGCCGCCGUAGUUGGUGCUGGAACAGAGACCACCAGCUGGGCUCUAGCUGUUAUCACUUAUCACCUUCUCACCAAGCCUGAGCUGCUGAAGAAGCUGCAGGAUGAGUUGAAGACGGUCGUGGACGACCCCAAGCACCUCCCUAAAUGGACAUCUCUUGAAAACCUGCCUUACCUCGGAGCCGUCCUUCAGGAGGGAUUGCGAUUGUCUUACGGCGUGUCUGCGCGCACUGCUCGUGUUCCAACCGAAGAGAGCCUGGUUUACCGUGGCGAGUUCAACAAGAAGCCUGUCGAGUACGUGGUCCCUCGUGGCUACGCCGUCGGCAUGUCUGCUGUGAUUACCCAUCACGACGAGAGCGUCUUUCCCGAUUCAUACCAAUUCAUCCCCGAGCGUUGGCUGGACGAGAACAACCAGCGACGCAAGGAUGUUGAGAAGGGCAUGCUUGCCUUUUCCAAGGGCAGCAGAUCUUGCCUCGGCAUGAACCUGGCUCUGUGUGAGCUCAACCUGUGUCUUACGGCUCUCGCCUUGCGUGUUAUGCCGAACAUGCGUCUCUACGAGACCACCGAUGAGGAUGUUGCCUACGACCACGAUAUGUUUGUUCCCGUGCCUAAGGCGGGAACUAAUGGCGUGCGUGUGAAGAUUGUCUAA